AGGCUUUCUUUUUUUGAAUUGCUUGCCUCCCAGGUAUGGCCCAUGACAUUGGUCCGGUUUUCAAUUUCACCAACACCAAAUGCACGCGAUGAUAGUGUGUUUUUCCAGCUGUUAUGCCUUAUGAGUUAUGACACUAUCACAUCCUGCUUUACUUUUUUUUUCGUCCUCUUUCCCUGUUUUACAGUUCUGUCUCAACUGUUGGGCAACACAGCUACCUCCUACCUCUAGGAGGACAACAAGCAAAACCGCCGCUGCUUUCCUAACCCUGUGGUGUAAUCGAAACACUACACUUGCAAGUCGUUGUACGAUCACCGUCAUACCAAACCGGAAUGACCAUCCACACCAAAUCCGCAACACCGUACGACCGGCACUCGACCACCAGGCCUCCCUCUCAGUAACAUUUCACCCGCGCCUCACCUGUCGUCCACAAAGAUCUCAAACCACCAAUAGACCCUUCAGUCUCGCACAAAACCCACCCCUCCUUGCAAAUCCUUCCAUGUCUUUCCGUGGAAAGUUUUAUUCACCACCCCGAACCUGAACCCAAACACCUCCAGAAACCUUCCCUUAGCUACUCGGUUGACAGAAGCUAAUCCAAAACAACCUCUUCCUUGCCGGUG